GUGCUCGCCGGAAGCACCGUGCCGCCGUAGUCUCGCUGGUUCCUGGACCGGACAGAAUGGGCUGUGCGAACCGACACCGUCCGCAGUGUUCUCCCCGAGCCCCGGGCCCGUGUCCGCUCGGUACAUGCUAAAGGCUAACCGGGAUCACCAGCGGAGCGGACGAACCGUACACCGCCGGUGGACCGACGCUCUGGUUGACGGUGUGUCCAGCGAGGGAGGGGACGGUACCGCCCCGUCUGACCGAGGUGCGACUGCUGUUCGUCGGUAAACAGUGCGCUGGUCUCCGCCGUGGGCCUCCAGCCCGAGCGCUGCUCUGCGGCUCUUUCCCCGGCUUCAGCCCUCAGCCCCAGGCCCAGCUCACACCUCGGGGGGUGGCGGCGAUCGCUGCCUGUCUGCCUCCAGAUGAAUGAAGAGCGCACUGGGAGACAGAGACACUGCUGAUGCAGGACAUGCAGGUGUGUCUGUAAAUAUGAUGAAGAAGAAGAAUCCCCACAAAAAGCACAAAGGCAGUGUUGGGGGAGCCAAGGCCGUGUCGCCUGCGCGGAGGGACAUGGUGGGCUGCCGCAUCCAGCAUGUGUGGAAGGACGGAGCCACUCAUGCUGUGUGGAAGGGCACUGUGCUGGACCAGGUGCCGGUGAACCCCUCCCUCUACCUGAUCAAGUACGACGGCUUUGACUGUGUGUACGGCCUGGAGCUGCACAAAGACGAGCGCGUGCAGGGCCUCGAGGUGCUGCCGGACAGACUGGCCAAGUCGCGGCUGACCGAUGUGAGCCUGGCCGACGCCAUGAUCGGGAAAGCAGUGGAGCACAUGUUUGAGACUGAGGAGGGACCCAAGGAGGAGUGGAGAGGGAUGGUCCUGGCCCGCGCACCCAUCAUGACCUCCUGGUUCUACAUCACCUACGAGAAGGACCCUGUGCUCUACAUGUACCAGCUCCUGGAUGACUACAAGGAGGGAGACCUGCGCAUCAUGCCUGACAACAAUGAGGGUGGGCCGGCGGAGCGCGAGCCCGGGGAGGUGGUGGACAGUCUCGUGGGGAAGCAGGUGGAGUAUGCCAAAGAGGACGGAGGCAAGCGCACAGGCAUGGUCAUCCACCAGGUGGAGGCCAAGCCCUCCGUGUACUUCAUCAAGUUUGACGACGACUUCCUCAUCUACGUCUAUGACCUGGUCAAGACGUCGUAAUGAGACAUAGCCCUGGACAAAAGACAGCAGCACUAUGGAGGACAGCCCAGCGCCCCCAAAAACCACCAUUUAUUCUUGCCCCAAAUCACAAGGCUGUACAAUGUGAGCAGGCCCAAGACCCAACAAUCACACACACUAAGUGAAACAAGGAGACAGAUCAUGUCCCCAUCCUCUGUCCUUCUCCAGAAACACAAGGAGACCCAAAUUGAAGGAGAGCUCAACAACCAGGACUGAACCAGGACUAAACCAGGACUAAACCAGGACUGACCCAGGACUAAACCAGGACUAAACAGGCUCUAGAUGUGUGUCCAUUACAUUUGUUUGCAGAAAACGUACUCUGAAAAAGCCAAUAAUGUAGCCUGUGUCUAAGGAGUACAAGACCACAUUUCACAAAGAACCACCUGGAAAUGCAGCCAACACAACACUUUCUGAUUGGCUUUGCAAACACAAUGAAAAACCAAAUUCCAAGACAGCGGUGUGAGGAGCAGCGAUAUGAUGUGAGCUGUGUUGAUGUCUCCUGUACAGUGUCCUAUCAAACGCAGGUCUUAUUGCACAUGUAGCCUGAGCAGUGUCUGUGCUUCGGUCACACCCAGCAUCGCAAACGCGUCUUUCAUGUGGUGAUUUGUGUCUUCAGAUUUUUAAAAACAUAUUUUAUAAAAAACAGAAAUUGACUUAAACGUUGCAAAUUUCUUUACAACUAAACAAAUGUUCUAAGUUGAUUUCAGCGAUCCUUCAUGCAUGUUCAUAUGUUUAUCAUUUGGACCAAAUCUUGUCAAUGUUGCAGACCGUCUAAAUGUCCUCUAUUAUUUAUGAGAACAAGAAACAAGGACUUAAUCUUUGGGAGGAAUAUAUUUGUACACAAAAGCUGUAAAAAUAUCCAUGCUUGUUCGACCGAAGAGGCCAUGGCAAGUGGGGCAGUUUUGUACAAAUCUUACUUUGACUGUAACAUGUGUUUGAUCUGAGCUCCAUGGCAAACUGACUGGACCCCCCGAGGUGUCUGUGCUUCUCAUGUGUCCUUCAGCAGCAGCAGCUCUGGGCCGCGUCCCAUUUCUCCUGAAAGUGCUCCUAAAGUGCCCCUAAUGACUGGUUCCACAAACUCACGCACUUACUGUUGCAAUCACAGCUGAGCCUGGGUUGUCAGUGCCUAAACCUGCUCCUCAUUCUCCGUAUAUGGCAGAGGUGGGACCAAGUCCUUAGUUUGCAAGUCUCAAGUCUUUGGCCUCAAGUCCGAGUCAAGUCUCAAGUCAGCGGCCCACAAAUCCGAGUCCUCUGCUUUGAGCUUUUGAGGCCUUUCAAGUAUUUGAAGCAAAGUACAUAUACAAAUAUAUGUAUAAAAAUACAGCUUAUAUUUUUUGCAUCUCAGAUGGAUUGUAAACCACAUUGUUCUACUUAAAAAGUGAAAUAAGGGUGUAAUCAUAUCCAAAUGUCAUGAUAUAUUUAUUAUGCUAUUUUGGAGAGGCUAACAGAAUUAUAGAUGUGAUACUUUUUUCUUUUUAAAUGCUUACAAGACCUUAGUGUGAAUCAUUACUGUCAUUAUCCAAAGAAUUACAACUGAAAAGAUUUUAAUAACAGUUAUUUCAUCACUGCACUGAAAUAUAGCAGAGGAUCACAGUAUAUGUAGUUCAAAAUAAUGUAUUUAUGCAAGGACAUUUGACAAUAGGAUGUCGUAGUAUUUUUGUUGUUCCAUCCCUCAUAACAUGAGAAUUGGGUGGGGCUGUAAAAUAGGAACUGAAAGUAUCAACUGUAUAGAAAAAUGGGAUUUCUAAAAAAGAAGCAUCAAGUCCAAGUCAAGUCCCAAGUCUUAGUUCAUUCUAUCAAGUCAAGUUUCAAGUCUGACUUUACUCCAAGUCAUAACUUGCAAUUUCAAACCUGUGAUAUAUGGACAGGUCUCAUGUGAAGCUCAGAACCUCCAGAAUUCCCUCCCUGAGCUGCAGAGGCUGCACUAGCACUGACUCAUGACAGGUGCAGGUGCUGGGCUUUAGGUAGAGAUCAUUCAGAUCAGAGACAUUUUAGGUUUAAACACAUUGGAUUUCAGCACUGAACCUGGCAACACAAAUGAGUCUUUCUGCUUUAAAACCAAAAUGAUAACAUUAAGAAAUUAAUAAAUGUGCCAUCAAGAAUCUUAAUCAAGAAUAAAUCGGCAUUACAAUAAUUUUCAAUAAAAGAUAAGUUGGAUUUUGAUUUUAAGAUGUUUACCUUGUAUUUGAGGACACAUGAGGUCAAGUUUAACAUCACAUGGCAGUAUUUUUGAAUUCUUAAAAAAAAAAAAAUCCUUUUGAUUUGUGCUGACAUGAGGUGAACUUGAGUUUGAUCUGUGUGAGCACAGAGACGGGAACCUUCUCACAAAACCACAGGCACAUUUGGAGAAAUGCGACGCAGCUUUGUUUCACUUAAGCCUUGGAUUCAUGUGUGAGCUCCAGCACGGCCCCAUCAGAGGAGAGCACAGACCCAGAGAGGAGAGCCCAGAGCCAGGGACGGGCUGAGGGGCUGAGGGGCUGUGGCAUGAAGCUCCAGCCCUCACUUUAGUUUGUGUGGCUCUUUGCUCAUUCUUGUCGCUAAUCGCCUUAUUAUGAGCUAUUACUCUGCGUUGUAUUGUUUGUUUUGUAUGUUUUAAAUGUAUGUUUAAUUUUUAUGGUUACUCUAAA